AAUGGCAGUUAGUUUGCAUGAAAAGACAAAUGUCUCCCAGAACUGUUCAAUUAUUCCUCUUGUUUGGAAACUCUGUGCUCUCUCUUCUCUCUCUUGUUUUUGAACUGUCUCAAAGUAACCCUGAAACCUUAAUAAAAAGCAACCCUGUCUGUCAUCAACAACAUUCUCUACUCUCUCUCCUCUGCCUUUGUUGGGCCCUUUCAUCCUUCAAAUCACAGCAAUUUCAACUCCUCCAUUAUUAAAAUCCCCUUCCUCUGCAACUCCCAACUCCAACUCCAACUCCACCUUCUGCUUCUUCUUCUUCUUCUUCUUCUUCUUCAUACCCAACAAAAUUCUCCCUUCUCUCUCUACUCCAUGGCCGGAGAAUCCCUCGACCAGGCCCGCUUCUGGCUUCCCCCCCACUUCUUGUCCGACCACGACAACCUUGCCGGAAAACCCACCACCGCCGCGGCCUUUCCUUACGACUUCGCCUCCUCCGCCCUCGAUUCGCCGCUCGAAUCACUCUCCACCGACGACGACAGGGAGGACGACGACGACGAGGAGGAUUUCCUCGCCGCGUUGACUCAGCGGCUUACUCAGUCCACGCUUCGUGAUUCUCAAAGGCUUAUUGCUGUUCCUCCACUUUCACAUAACCAAUCCAAAUCCGAGGCGAAGGCGGCCUUGGCUGGAUCUCCGCAGUCUACUCUAAGUGGGUUUGGCAGUUGGUCGGCGAGUGACGGAAGUCCAAGCGGCCCGUCUCAGGCGCCGUCGCCUCCGACCACCCCUUUCGGUGGCGAGAAUAACACAUGGGAUCUCAUCUAUGCCGCUGCAGGGCAAGUUGCGAGGCUCAAAUUGAACGGAGAAGGACUUAUUGCUCCUCCCCAGAGUUCUUCAGAUCUUGUUCCCCCCAUCCAAAAACACCUUAUCGGAGCUGGAUUCCACUCCCAAGCUUCACCGUUCGGAACAGAGUUUCAGAGCUGUUUUAACUGGGGAAGGCAAGUGAAGGUUGAGAAUCAGCAGAUCCAGCGCCGAGGCGGCGAUUUUCACCACGAAAAUGGGAGAUUUCUUCGUCCUGUAGAUUUUCCCCAAUCCACAUGGCCUUCGCUGCAACCCCCUCACCGGAGAAACCCUCCUCAGACGUGUGCUCCAACCAUGCCCCCCGCCUUCCACGGCGGCGGAUCUGCCCCCAAAAAGGAGUGCGCCGGAACAGGCGUCUUCUUGCCUCGCCGAUACGACAACCCCCCUCAAUCCCGUAAAAGACCAGAUAGCGCCUCGAUUCCCCUGUUUCAGGGGAUGAAAGUUCAGGUUCCGAACCGAUCUGCUCCCCAAACGACGUCGAAUCGCCGCCUCCCGCCGAGCUACGAAGCUUUAAUGGCCCAAAGAAACGCCAUUUUCGCGCAGCAGAGGUUAAUUUAUUCCCGGCCGGCGGAGAGAGGAAAAAGCCACGAGUUUCUCCUUCCUCAGGAGUGGACAUACUGAAACAACACUACUGAAGGUGGUUUAUGAUUGGGAAAAAAAGUGCUUUUUUUUUUUAAGAUUGAAGUGUUCUUUAGGGUUAGGAAACAAUAAAAAAAUGAAUUUAAGGGUUGUAAUUUAAGAAGAAAAAAAGGAUUUGUUUGCAGGUUUUAGUAACCAGUUAGAUUUUUAUAGAUGAAGAACAGAGUAAGAAUGCGGUGUUCAUUCAUCAGAAAGAGGGGAAAGAAAGAGAAAAGGGAGAGAUUUAUAGAAAGGGGAGUUUUAGGGAAAGAUGGAACUGUAAUAAUUUUUGUGGGUUUCUUAAUAGAAAUACAUAGCUACAGACCCUACUAAUAUUAAAUAAAUUCUUUGUUAAUUUAUGAGUA